UUAUCACCGUAGGGACUGCCAUCCUUUCCAAAGUACCGAUCAGAUUUGGCUCUCCAAAAAUAUGAAAAUUGACGUAAAACCAAACAGUGGUCAAAGUUAAUCAAAUUUGGCGUAAUUUGACGAGGCAGAAAACUCAAAACCCAAACGAUGGCCAAAGUUAAUCAAAACCGGCAUAGUUUGCCGAGGCCAAAAUCUGGAACACAAACACCGGAAAAAAUCUGACACCGACAAGCCCCCCUGUCACGAGGGGCAUUUCGGUCAAAACGCCUUGGAGGAGGUUGGACUGUCGCGCUCACAUCUACUCGCUCAUCGCGGAAAGAAACGUUCCUUCCCCCCGCGAUAUAAUUUCCACCGAGGCGCGGGACGAAGAAGCCUCCAGGAGCAGCGCGCGUCUCGUCGCAGUAAAAACAGCGGCCGCACAUGCUUUAAGUCCCUACACUCCCACCACCAUCGCCUCGCCCUCAGUCGCCUCCCUCCCAGCUCCAACCCCCCAGAUCUCCGGCUCCCCCCUCCCCGGCAGGCGCGCACCGCCGCUGCACUGCCGCAUCCGCUGCGGCUCAGGGAUCGUCGGGUGCUUGUAGUGCGGAAAAAAAUAGUGUCAGUGGAGUAGCGAGGGGGGAGAAAAAUGGCGGUUGGUGGCGACGCCGGGAGCUCCAGGUCCGCGGCCUGCUCCUGCGCCGUGCUGCUCGCGGCGGUGCUGCUCUUCUCGGCACCGGCCACCACAGAGGCUUAUGAUUCACUGGAUCCAAACGGCAACAUCACGAUAAAAUGGGAUAUUAGGGAAUGGACUGCUGAUGGUUAUGUCGCAGUCGUCACAAUGUUCAACUACCAACAAUUCCGACACAUCUCUGCACCUGGGUGGCAACUAGGGUGGACAUGGGCAAAGAAGGAGGUCAUUUGGUCGAUGGUGGGGGCUCAGGCCACUGAGCAGGGUGAUUGCUCAAAGUUCAAGAGCAGCCCUCCCCACUCUUGCAAGAGAGAUCCCACGAUUGUCGAUCUACUCCCAGGCACCCCAUACAAUCAGCAAAUUGCCAAUUGCUGCAAGGCAGGAGUUAUAGAUACAUUUAACCAGGACCCAUCAAAUGCUGCUUCCUCCUUCCAGGUUAGUGUAGGUCUUGCUGGGACUACCAACAAGACGGUUAAGGUGCCCAAAAACUUCACUCUUAAGGCCCCAGGUCCAGGGUACACGUGCGGCCGUGCUAUUGUUGGCAAGCCUACUAAGUAUUUCACCUCAGACGGGCGCCGGGCAACCCAAGCUCUUAUGACAUGGAAUGUAACCUGCACAUACUCCCAGUUUCUUGCUCAGAAGACUCCAAGCUGCUGUGUAUCUCUCUCAUCAUUUUAUAAUGACACUAUUGUGAACUGCCCAACGUGCUCUUGUGGUUGCCAAAACAAUAACACUCGUCCAGGAAGCUGUGUAAAUGAGAAUUCGCCUUAUUUACAAUCUGCCAUCGAUGGCCCUGGCAAAUAUACUGGCCAGCCUCUUGUCCAAUGUACUUCCCACAUGUGCCCAAUAAGAAUCCACUGGCAUGUGAAGCUCAACUACAAGGACUACUGGAGAGUGAAAGUCACUAUUACAAACUUCAACUACCGAAUGAAUUACACACAGUGGAACUUAGUCGUCCAGCACCCUAACUUUGAUAAUAUCACAAAGCUGUUUAGCUUCAACUACAAGCCGCUUACCCCAUAUGGAGGCGGAAUAAAUGAUACCGCGAUGUUCUGGGGAAUGAAAUUCUACAACGAUUUGCUCAUGCAAGCUGGUCCGCUUGGAAAUGCACAGUCAGAAAUACUUCUGAAGAAGGACUCUGCGACAUUCACCUUCGAUAAAGGAUGGGCCUUCCCACGACGUGUGUACUUCAAUGGUGAUAACUGUGUCAUGCCGUCUCCUGAUGCAUAUCCGUGGUUGCCUAAUGCGAGCCCUCUAACAAAACAACCAUUGACGCUGCCUCUUGGUAUUCUCAAUUUUGUUGGCUACUUUGCUGGCCUAUGUAUAAUCAAUGAGAUCAAGAGAAUCAGGGAGCUUCAAGUUGCUGUCAGGUUCCAUGGGGUGCAGGACAACGGUUCAUUUGUUCAUUCAAUUCCACGUUUGCACAGAAGAGGCAGGCGCCGCACAGAGGAAAGCUGAUAUAUGUGUGUUUUGUAAGUUAAAGGGGCCAAAAAUGUAUUUCUUGUUUGGUAUAUACUGGCCACAACCCUUUGGUGAACUUAGAUACUGCAAUUUAGGUAAUUACAGUUGCGCCUUUUGUAUUUUAUAGCAGCAGAAUUUUUAUUGAAUCAUAUGACUGCCUUUCUUGUAGAAAAUGUAUGGGUUCCAUAAUAAUAUUCUGAUACAUUGUGAAACGGAGAGGAGGCCGUUGGUUAAGAUAAUUGAGCAUGUUUUCCUGCGA